GUCCCCGUCAGGCCGCCGUCCGGUGGGUCCGCCAUAUUGUCUGCCGAAGCUGCCGCUGAAGCUACCGCUGCGGCCGCCGCCAAGUCUGAGCGAGCGGAGCCGCGAUGGAGACCAUGGCAAGCCCAGGGAAAGACAAUUAUCGAAUGAAGAGCUAUAAGAACAAUGCCUUAAACCCUGAGGAAAUGAGAAGAAGGAGGGAGGAAGAGGGCAUUCAGCUUCGGAAACAGAAGCGGGAACAACAACUUUUUAAACGGAGAAAUGUAGAGCUGAUUAAUGAAGACCCUGCCAUGUUUGAUAGUCUGCUGAUGGAUUCCUACGUGAGCUCUACAACUGGGGAGAGUGUGAUCACAAGGGAGAUGGUGGAGAUGCUGUUCUCUGACGACUCUGACCUGCAGUUAGCAACCACACAGAAGUUCCGGAAGCUCCUUUCCAAAGAGCCGAGUCCUCCAAUAGAUGAAGUUAUUAACACUCCAGGAGUAGUUGAUCGGUUUGUGGAGUUUCUGAAGAGGAAUGAGAAUUGUACAUUACAGUUUGAAGCUGCCUGGGCUCUAACAAACAUUGCCUCUGGAACCUCUCAGCAGACCAAAAUUGUCAUUGAAGCAGGAGCUGUCCCCAUUUUUAUAGAGCUGCUUAACUCAGACUUUGAAGAUGUACAAGAACAGGCAGUCUGGGCGCUUGGAAACAUAGCUGGAGACAGUUCGGUUUGCAGAGAUUACGUCUUAAAUUGUUCCAUCCUCAACCCUUUGUUAACACUCCUUACUAAGUCCACACGACUGACGAUGACACGGAAUGCAGUUUGGGCCCUGUCAAACCUCUGCCGAGGGAAGAACCCUCCUCCAGAGUUUGCAAAGGUCUCUCCUUGUUUGCCUGUACUGUCCCGCCUACUCUUCAGCAGCGACUCAGACUUGCUGGCAGAUGCUUGCUGGGCUCUCUCUUACCUGUCCGAUGGCCCCAAUGAGAAGAUUCAGGCUGUCAUAGACUCUGGAGUCUGCCGGAGACUGGUAGAGCUUCUGAUGCACAACGAUUACAAAGUGGCGUCUCCUGCUUUGAGAGCUGUGGGUAAUAUUGUCACUGGGGAUGACAUCCAGACCCAGGUCAUUCUUAACUGUUCAGCCCUCCCUUGCCUCCUCCACCUGCUGAGCAGCUCUAAGGAGUCAAUCCGGAAGGAAGCUUGCUGGACCAUUUCAAACAUCACUGCUGGCAACAGGGCUCAAAUACAGGCUGUCAUAGAUGCAAAUAUCUUCCCUGUAUUGAUUGAAAUCCUUCAGAAAGCGGAGUUCCGUACAAGGAAAGAAGCAGCCUGGGCUAUCACGAAUGCCACAUCAGGAGGAACCCCUGAGCAGAUCAGGUACCUGGUGUCACUGGGCUGCAUUAAACCCCUGUGUGACUUGCUGACUGUAAUGGAUUCAAAAAUUGUGCAAGUGGCCCUCAAUGGACUAGAGAACAUUCUGCGGCUUGGAGAGCAAGAGGGCAAGCGUAGUGGCUCAGGGGUCAAUCCCUACUGUGGCCUCAUCGAGGAAGCCUAUGGCUUGGAUAAAAUCGAGUUUCUCCAGAGCCAUGAGAACCAGGAGAUCUACCAGAAGGCCUUCGACCUCAUCGAGCACUACUUUGGUGUGGAGGAUGACGACAGCAGCCUGGCUCCUCAGGUGGACGAGACGCAACAGCAGUUCAUCUUCCAGCAGCCUGAGGCCCCCAUGGAGGGCUUCCAGCUAUAAUGUCUGCCUCCGGGGAGGGGAGGGCAUGGGAAGCACCAGCAGCCAGCAGAGGAGCAGCCUUCUGGUGGGCAGGAGAACAGCCACCCCACCCACACCUGCUGCCCUGGAGACUGUGCUCUUGACCUGCUCACCCCCUUCCCUGGAGGGAGCGCCCUCUGGACAGACAGAACCAUCUGAGGCUCACAUUGGGUUUUGAGACAAGAAGGGGACGUGUGGGUUUCUCUUGCUUACACUUUAUUUGGCUGCACACAUGUCUUUAACCCAGGAGCCCAGGGGUAGACAAAGGAGGACUGAGGUAAUCAAUUUGCACCUUUAAAAUUUUUUUCUUUUAUUUUCUUUAGUGGUGACUUCCUUCCCAAUUACCUUUCUUCAUCCAUCCCAGUCCUCUGCCCUGACAUGUGUAACUCUUGGGUACUUGAGCAGAUGGAAUAUUCCAGAGGUGGGAGGUGGGAGGGGAGGGGAGAGGUCCGAAACAAAGUGUUCUUGCUCUGACCGAAUAUUAAUCUUGUAUGCUUGGAUUAUUUAAUUUUUUCUUUUGCACAUUUUUCUUGUAUUAAGGUUGUUCUUCCCAAAAAGCUGGAUUAGGAACCCAGCUGCCAGCAUUGUCUGGAAAUAGAGGCUAAUGGGAAGGCCCCCAUGAGACAAAGGUCCCUCCCUCCCUCUGAACCUACACCUAAGACCUCUUUAGUUUGGGAGGAUCCCCCCUCACUCUCCUGGAGCAAGUAUACCAGUGGAGUGGAAGGGAGGGCACAGGCCUUUAGACAGGGCUUCUCCUGUGUAGCUACUGACCCUGUUUCCUACCCACUUCCUAAAUGGUGCGACCUAACUUCAUUUGUUUACUUGAAAAUUCACCUCAGAGUUGAAUGAACCUCUGAGGUGGCUGUGUUUUCUCCUGAGCUUGAGAUGGGGGGCUGUGGUCCUUCCUUCUCCUGAGGAGAAAGUCCUUGCUCUGAUGACCCCUAAGUUGCAGAGGAGGUUGGAGUUAGUGUCGUGUAUUGGGAUAGUCAUGAAUCCCUGCCUUUGGCCUUUCUUCUUCCUUCUGCCAUAGCUGGAUCAUGUAUAUUUCACUUCCACAGGAGAGAAUGUCAGAAAGUUCUGGGUUUUUUUUUUUUUGUUGUUGUUGUUGUUUUGUUUUGUUUUGUUUGUUUUUAAGUAGUCUGUAUUUUAAGUAGGUCAGUCUUAAUUGAUCUUAGAAGGACAAACUGGAUGUGAGUGGGAUACUGUGAGGAAGACUAGAAAGAUGUAGAACUUUCUGCUCAGAGGACUGAACUCGGUCCUUUCUUUUCUCUGUUUGUAUUCUGGGCCACCACUUGGGACCAACUCUCACUUCUGGAACCUUUAUGAAGUAAAUCAGCUGGGUUCCCAACCUGAAGGGAGCAAGGAGGGCCUCAAGGCCCCAUGAAGUCUGCUGCUCUGUUUCUUGCUUCCAAGCAGAAAGCAUCCUGCCUUCUCUAACUCAGUGUCAGCCACUGUUACCCACAAUAAGUCAUGACACAGCUGCCUCUCCUGUUACCAUCUCCCUUCUGAGGAUCCUUGUACCUGGCUUGCAUUUCCCCUUUCUUAAGAGUUAUACAGGUCCCUCUCUUUCCCCCUCCUUCCCUCCAUCCCCUCCCUGAGUAAAACCAAUUCAGUGCCUCAGAGGCUGGCCUAUGUUUUAAGGGACUACACAGUGCACUAAAACAGAGCUCUGAGAGCUGGGAGUAGGUGCAUUGUCAGCUAGAUAGGCUAUCUGUGGAGGUGGCUGCACAGUAUCCCAUUGUGGUGACCCAUACACCCUUACCUGCACUUUUCUUUCCCUAGAACAGCACUGUUGUGAAUCCUGUUCCCACAGGUCUCCCUGUGCCCUGCACUUGCAGAUCUAAAGUUCAGGUUCUUGCUGCUGGCCUCUGCCUUUCCAUCUUCCGUCUCUCCUUUAGUUUUCAGUUCCUGCUCCAGAUUCCUCUAAGAAAAGUAGUUCGGGGCUGGCAGUUGAUACUGAAAAGUUCAACCAACAUUGGACCACGUUGGCGAGUGCCUUCUGGGAAGGCAAGGGGCUGGGCCUUUUUUUUUUUUUACCUGGCUGAAACUGUUCCUAGUUCAAAGAAAAGUCCUCUGAGGCCAUCAUCACCCUUAUCUGAAGAGUAGAACAAGUGACAGGACCCUGGCCCUAGAGCCAGGUUCUCAGCGUGAAACGAAAAUGUCAUCCUUUCCUCUGCCCUUUCUCCAAUAUGCCUGGCUUCAGAGCAGAUCCUGUACCACAUGGAAGAGGUUGGUUAUCUGGCUGCUCUAGGUGUUCCACACAGAUCAUCUUGAGUGACUGACAGUCUGCUUCUGGCAGACUGGCUUCAGUUUCCAGCUCUUCCCAGUGACUACAGCCUGGAUGUUAGGUUGCAGCCUUUCAGUGUAACCGUUUGAGUUCCAGCCUGCUUGGCACCAUUGUUACUUGGGUCUGUGCACACAAGUGCUUCCGAGGAGCAGAUAUUGAUAACCUGGUUUUGGAGUCCUUUGGUGUUCCCCUUUACCUGGGACCUUAUAUCGACUGCUUCUCCUUCCUUCUGCACCUGGGAGCCUGGGUUCUGAAGCUAACCAUGGGUUAGAGCUGCAGUUGGAUUUAGCUGAGGGAGAGGAAAAGAAGGUGCUUACGCAUGGAGUUUCUUGAAACCAAGCCGGUACGAAGACACACUUUCACAUGGAGGAAGUGUGUUAAUACUUUUGUCUGCCUGUGAAGCUGGCAGCUCACUCUCGGAGCUCCACAUGUCCUGAAGGCCUCUGCUCUUUCUGUUCAAACCUCAGCUCUUCUCUUCCAGGCUCACUCAUUUUGGUAUCCAUCCUCUUGGGUAUUCUUCAGGCUUAGAUUCUAGCUUCUCAAAGCCAAAAAAAAAAAAAAAAAAAACAAAAAAAAAAAAAAAAAAAACCCACUUCUCCAGGUCCUCGCAGACCCAGGAAGGAGAAAGGAUGGUGGCAAGCUUCCCUAGCAGGCUGGGGAAGUGUGCAAGGUUAGGUGCACUGCACCAUAGAAUCUGAGCAGCAGCGGCCUCAAGCGGCACUUCCUGAGAGGUGGUAAGAGACAGGCUUCCUGGCACAUUCUAGACUAACCUCAUCCAGUAUUUUCUGUUUUGUUUUGUUUUACCUUUUGUAUUUUGUUAAGCCAACCAACUGAGAAUUUGCCCCUCUAAGGAUCCAUGUGGUGGAUACUAGCUGCUCUUUGGCCAAAGGCCUUCAGCUGAUUCCCUCUCCCAGUCUGUCCUCUAGUCCCAUCACAAAAUAAGACAUGCAUGGCAAGGGAAGAAUCUAAGGUCAACUCCAACCAAAUCUGAAUGAAAACCUAUUUUCCUUUUGAGAGCAUCUUGUCUGAAGCCUGAACUAUGUGGAGGACCAAAGCUGGCUGUGAGAAGAACAGCCAGAAACCUGGGACCCCAAUUACCAGAGGGGAAAUGCUCUUGUGGCGUGUCUUCAAAGGCUAGAGCUUACCUACCUACUUCUAGGCCAGCCUGACUUCUGAUGCUCACACUAGCACCUGCCAAUGUUGCCCACCAGCCCUGCACCCCUGUGACUCUGAUUUGAAGGUUUCGGUUUAGAGAAAGAAACAAUGUUGCAUGUGCAGGGAGCCGGGAAGGAAGGCUGAGAGCCUGGAAACUGUCGGGUUCAAACCACGAACCCUUAAAAGCUACGCGUGGGUAUUGGCUUUGUUAGCCAGCUUUUUUGGGAAAUGCCUUUUUUGACCUAUUAUAUAAAUGAAGUGGGUAUGAGGUCUCAGCUACCCAGUAGAUGGAACAUCACCCAAGGACAGCUUGGGUUUCCAGGUAAGAACCCUAGAAAGGUGAAUUUAAUCCUCACAGGUUUUGUUUUCCAAAUUCAUUUGCUUUUAUUUUUCUAAGAACUGUAAACUCUAUUUUUUCAUGUUCUCAGGGCCCCUGGGUAGACAAACAAAGCUUGAUUUCAGAGCAGAAAUAGGCCAAGAAACCAUGGCAUUGAGUGUGCUGAGUCCAGACAAAUGAUAUUUAUAUACACCUCCAAAUUUGAAGAAAAAAUGUAUUUCUUUAGGUUUCAAACACUGUAAUAGAUACAAAGCAAAAAUAAAAAAACCUGUUGCAAAGUU